AUGAUAAGUGGUUUAUUUGCACGGUGUUCGUUUCAGAAAUUUAAAGAUUCGUUUGAAAGAUUGCAAAAUGAGAAUGAAGUUCUUCAGCGUGAAAAAGAGCACCUCACCUCUAAUGUAGAAACCGCAAAAAGAGAAUUUGAUUUACGAGAGCAGAGGUAUACAGAGGAAGUGGAGAGUUUGCGCAGCUCUUUGUCUACUCUCGAAACUGAAAAGGGGAAGCUUCAAAAGGAGGUGGUCAGUGGAAAAACGCAGAUAACCUCUCUCAGUAAGGAGCUCAAAGAUUUGAAGGCUCAAUGUGAAAAACUUUUAGAGGGUGAGAACGAACUGAACAUGAAGUUAGCUGAACGGGAUCACGUGUAUAACGUGAUCUUGAAGGAAAAAUCUUCGCUUCUGCAGAAGAUUGAAGCUCUGGAAAGCAACAUGAACACUGCGAAUGCGGAAAAGAAAUCUGUACUCAAAGAAGACCGGUCAAGCGUCGAAGGUGUCGUUAAUGAUUUGCGCGAGAAGCUUAAAGCUGCCACUGCGGAGUUUUCGACAGCCAUGGUUGCAGACGGAAUUCGCAAACUUAUAGCUCUUCGGGCCGAUAUAGCCGAGAAAAAAGACGAAAUUAAAGUUUUACUGGAGAAGUGUACCCGCUUAGAGCAUGAUUUCGACGAAAAAGAAUCCGAGUGCAGCAACCUUCAGCUUCAGCUUGACAACGCGACGGCUGCCAUGCACGAACUUGGAAGGGAAAACGUUUCGUUGCAGGCGAGGCUGUUUUCAUAA